AGCUGCGCCGCGGGCCGCUCCCGCCCGCCCGCCCGCCCGCCGGCCAGGCCUCGGUCGCCCGCUCACCCGCGUCCCCGCUCUCCGCUCCCCUCCCUGCCGCGUCCCGGCGCGAAGAUGGCAACCGACGGGCUGCACGAGAACCAGACGCUGGCGUCGCUGAAGAGCGAGGCCGAGUGCCUCAAGGGCAAACUGGAGGAAGAGCGGGCCAAGCUGCACGACGUGGAGCUGCACCAGGUGGCCGAGCGGGUGGAAGCUCUGGGGCAGUUUGUCAUGAAGACCAGGAGGACCCUCAAAGGCCAUGGGAACAAGGUUCUCUGCAUGGACUGGUGCAAAGAUAAGAGAAGGAUCGUGAGCUCAUCCCAGGACGGGAAGGUGAUCGUGUGGGAUUCCUUCACUACUAACAAGGAGCAUGCAGUCACCAUGCCCUGCACGUGGGUGAUGGCCUGUGCAUAUGCCCCGUCGGGAUGCGCCAUUGCAUGUGGUGGUUUGGAUAAUAAGUGUUCUGUGUAUCCACUGACGUUUGACAAAAAUGAAAACAUGGCUGCCAAAAAGAAGUCUGUCGCUAUGCACACCAACUACCUGUCGGCCUGCAGCUUCACCAACUCAGACAUGCAGAUCCUGACAGCGAGCGGCGACGGGACGUGUGCCCUGUGGGACGUGGAGAGUGGGCAGCUGCUACAGAGCUUCCACGGCCAUGGGGCUGACGUGCUCUGCCUGGACCUGGCCCCCUCGGAGACGGGCAACACCUUCGUGUCUGGGGGAUGUGACAAGAAAGCCAUGGUGUGGGACAUGCGCUCCGGCCAGUGUGUGCAGGCCUUUGAAACACAUGAAUCUGACAUCAACAGUGUCCGGUACUACCCGAGUGGAGAUGCCUUUGCUUCAGGAUCAGAUGAUGCUACGUGUCGCCUCUACGACCUCCGGGCAGACAGGGAGGUCUCCAUCUAUUCCAAAGAGAGUAUCAUCUUUGGAGCAUCCAGUGUGGACUUCUCCCUCAGUGGGCGCCUGCUCUUUGCUGGAUACAACGAUUAUACCAUCAACGUCUGGGACGUUCUGAAGGGGUCCCGAGUCUCCAUCCUGUUUGGACAUGAAAACCGCGUUAGUACUCUCCGAGUUUCCCCUGAUGGAACUGCUUUUUGCUCAGGAUCAUGGGAUCAUACCCUAAGAGUCUGGGCUUAAUCAUCUCCUCACGAUGCACACAUGGGCACCUGAGGGUAGAAUUGAAACCGUCGUAUGGAAAUAGAUCUUUCGUCUAGAGGAUCUGAGGGUUAUUGCAACGUAGCUUAAAGGAGUGACUCCGCGGCUGCGAGUUCACUCAGCAUCCCCGAUAUUACUAUUAAAAUGACCACCCCUGGAAAGACCCCAGUGUGGGCCUUCAGCACUAGAACACCUUCAAGUACAGUGUUUUGCAUUUUGAAUACUUUUUAAAAAUGCAUCCAUUUUUAAGAUUAUUCUAAUUAUACCGUCUCCACACAUUCUAUUACCUAUAGGAUUCAGCAUUUAAUAAAUCCCCUAGUACUUCCUUGAAUCAAAUUUGUUUUCAGAGCACUUUAACAUCUGAUUCUUCUCAGUGUGCACUGUGUCUUUUGGAACUUUCCUCUAGAAGUGCUGACUUUAACAGUGGGCUGCACGAGGCCGGCCAUGUUGACUGGUCUGUGAUAGAAGAAAAGUCUAAUUCCAAACGUAAUUGGACAAAAUCCCUUUUUAACAUUUUUUUUUUUUUAAUUUAUUUGACACAGAGAGAGAGCGAGCGAGAGCAGGAACACAAGCAGGGGGAGUGGGAGAGGGAGAAGCAGGCUUCCCUCGGAGCAGGGAGCCCGAUGCGGGGCUCGAUCCCAGGACCCUGGGACCAUGACCUGAGCUGAAGGCAGACGCUUAACGGCUGAGCCACCCAGGCGCCCCAAAAUCCCUUUUUAAAAAAAUGUUUUUAUUGUAAAAGUUUCUUUUUCAGGCUCGCAUUGUCUUUUUUCAGAUCAAACAUUUCCCUCUGUGUGAACUGUCAUAAAUGGAAGAAAGAUGUGCAUAUAGUGGACAGGAUGUUUGAUUUAUGAAUUCUGUGAUGAUGUGAUGGAUCCCUUGGACAGGAUAUUUCCUGUCAUUGGAGGGAAAAGCUGAAUGCUCUUUGUGACACAAAGGCUUCUCAGAGCAACCAAAACCUUUCUGUGUGGGAACACAAGAUAGUAAACUUACUUAAAAACCUGCUAGUAGUAUUAGAUGUAUUAGAAUUAGUAGUAUCCACUCAGGAUACUAAAAGUAUCAUAGUAGAUCAUAUCCAUAUGAAGUAUAUUCAUAUUUAUUGCAUUGAAAAUGUAAUUACAUACACAAAUUAGUUGAUAGGUCCCAAGUGAUAAUGUCUUUGCCUCUCUGAUAUUGAGAAAAAAAUAACUCACAAAAUACUUGUCUUUGAAAUUCAGCAUUUCCUUCUGGAAGACACCAAAUGUUUUUGUUGUAAGAUCUCCUUCUCCUUGUUUUUAAGGUGUUGAGGCUUAUUCUUUGUUUUAGAAAAUUCCUUGUUCAUUAAGAUGGCAUGCAUUACUUAGAGAACUAGAAGGUCACCUCACACACCAAAAGUCAUUCCCGGUUGAGGCCUGCUCUGUGAGUGGUCUCGGGUCCCAUGGUGCCUGAGUGCCUUGGAUUGUCCCGUCUCCUCUCUGGGCCCUGCUCCAGCCUGACCCCUCUCCUAGUCGUGGUUCUGGCUCCAUGGGCCCAGCCCCAGGCCCUGCUGCUCAGAGAGGCCCUCCAGAGCUGCAGCAGGGCACAGCCAACAGACAGGUGUGGACGUGGCUGGCCUCUUGCAAACAUCAGGACAUGUGCCAGGCCCACGCUCAGAAUGAUUUGUAUCCUAAUGGGCCAGUCAAUCCAAAACCAGCCAAGCUAGCUUUUCCAUCAAUUCUUUUAAAGUAAAUAUGGUGGUUAGAUUCAGUCAUUUGCCAAGCAAACAUUUUACUGAGGGUUUUACUACACAGCACGCCUUGGGGUAGAGAGAGAAAUGGAAAAGGCCCCUGCUGGACUCCAAAGAGCCCAGUGGAUUCCAGGCUGGCAGGGGCUCAGGGAAAUGGGCACAGCUGCUGAAGGAGUCAGGCCCCUGAGUGUGUCUCACGGGAUUCCCCAGCUCCACGCCCAGCACGUCCCAGAGUUGCUCCUGGUCUCCUCCUUAUGGUAUCCCCUUGUCUCUCUCCUACAGACCCUUUAGUGUCUCUGCCCUCUGACCUGGACCUCCCAGAAGUGAAGGAAGACAGGACAAAGGAAAAGCCACCUAGACUGAAGGGAAGCAAAUUCAAGGUUAGAUCUCUGGAGAGGCAGAGAGCAUCUUCAGUAUAUGUGCAAAAACGGUCCAUAA